GCAGGAGGCGUGGGCAGCAGCUGGGAGAACCGGCUGUGCCCCUCCCCUGGGCCGGCCUGGUAGGCACCUGGCACUGGCGGGCGCGGCAGACGCUGCGCACCUGGCCCCGACGCCCGCCCGCCCGCCCGGCUAGCUCCUGCCCUGCCCGCCAUGGACGGGCCACAGCCGCCGGCCCUGGGGGACACGUUCGAGGACCGUGUCUCCGAAAUUAGCCAGAAGCUGCAGGGUGAAUAUUUCCGGUACAAAGGAAUUCCCUUCCCGGUUGGCAUGUACUCGCCCGAGAGCCUCAGCCUGGCAGAGAACACUAACAACGUGCGGGAUGAGGACAUCUUCAUUGUCACCUACCCCAAAUCAGGUACCAACUGGAUGAUUGAGAUCCUCUGCUUAAUCCUGAAAGAUGGGGACCCCUCAUGGAUCCGUUCUGAGCCCAUUUGGCAACGUGCACCCUGGUGUGAGACCGUCAUAAGCGCCUUCAGCCUCCCAGACCGGCCCGGCCCCCGCCUCAUGAGCUCCCACCUCCCCAUUCAACUGUUCACCAAGGCCGCCUUCAGCUCCAAGGCCAAGGUGAUUUACUUGGGCCGGAAUCCCCGGGACGUCGUGGUCUCUCUCUAUUAUUACUCUAAGAUUGCUGGGCAAUUGAAGGACCCUGGUACACCUGACCAGUUCCUUCAGGAUUUCCUCAAAGGAGAAGUGCAGUUUGGCUCCUGGUUUGACCACAUCAAGGGCUGGAUCCGGAUGCAGAGUCAAGAGAACUUCCUGUUUAUCACCUACGAGGAGCUGCAGCAGGACCUGCGAGGCUCCGUGCAACGCCUCUGUGAGUUCCUGGGCCGGCCACUGGGUGAAGAGGCCCUGAGCUCUGUGGUGGCCCACUCGGCGUUCGGUGCGAUGAAGGCCAAUACCAUGUCCAACUACACACUGCUGCCGGCCAGCCUGCUGGACCACCGCCAGGGGGCGUUCCUGCGCAAAGGCAUCAGUGGCGACUGGAAGAACCACUUCACUGUGGCCCAGAGCGAGGCCUUUGACCGUGUCUACCGCGAGCAGAUGAGGGGACAGCCGAGCUUCCCCUGGGACAUGACCCCAGAGGACACCAGCCCUGAUGGCGAACCUGACCCUGAGCCCAGCCCCAGCCCUGGCCCCAAAUCAGGAUCCUCUGAUGACCCCAACCCAGCAUCCUCACAAUAAACUUGUCACUCCAGUUA